UUAGCAGGAGCCGGCUCUGUAAUGGUGGCUGCGCUGUGAGCGGCGCAGACCCAGGGACCCCAGGGCACUGCAGGCAGCGAGCGGCAUGUCGGUGAACAUGGACGAGCUGAAGCACCAGGUCAUGAUCAACCAGUUCGUGCUGACCGCGGGCUGCGCCGCCGACCAGGCGAAGCAGCUGCUGCAGGCGGCGCACUGGCAGUUCGAGACUGCGCUCAGUGCUUUUUUCCAAGAAACAAACAUCCCCUACAGCCAUCACCAUCAGAUGAUGUGCACUCCAGCCAACACGCCCGCCACGCCCCCCAACUUCCCCGAUGCCCUCACCAUGUUCUCCCGCCUCAAGGCCUCCGAGAGCUUCCACAGCAGCAGUCCUGUAGCGUCUAUGGCGACCUCCCCUCCUCCCCCACCCCCACCGCUCCCCCAGCCUGGGGGCUUCAACCCAGCCUGGCCUGCGGCUCUCCCCUCCAGCCAGCAGCAGCAGAGCAUGUGGACUUCGCCCUCGCAGCCGUCGGGCUGGCCCGCCACAGUCUCCCAACAAGCCACGUCAGAACAGAAGGCCAACGUGACCAUGGAGGCCGAGAGAUGAGGCCGUGGGGGAGCGGGAACACAAUGUGGGGAGGGCCCACAUGGCCCCAGCAUUCAUUUCCCCUUCCCCUUUCCGAGGAAGAGAGGAACUUUGUUGCCUCGGAGACUGGCAACCACAUUCAGACAGACAGACACAUGAGCAAAUAGCCACCUUGCAUGGGUUUGGUUUGAAGUAGUUUUUACUUGUCCUAGAGCUGACCGGAGCUCCCCAGAGACCCAGGGAGGCCACGCUAAAUGCAAGAGCCAUCUCUGGCUUCUGCGUCCCGGAGCCUGACUUUAUAGGAAUCUCUCAAUGAGGGAACCCCCUUCCCAUCUUUCCUGCUGGGAUGCUGGAUUUUUGCAUGCGAGUGACUUUUGGGUGGGAGUGGUAAAUCCCUUCUUCAUGACCCACUUCUCCCUCCUAGCACCUGGAGGGGUCCCACUGGCAGGCAGAAUGGGGCUGUGGGUAAUACACAUCUCCCCCUCCCUACACGGCUCCCCCAACCCCGCCGAAUGGGUUUUUUUAAAGGAAAAAGGGGGGGGGGGAAAUCUGCUCAGCUCUGGGCCUUGAACCCAUGCACUGAGCUCGCAUUGUACCGAGAGGGAGGUGAACGGGGACUCCUUUGGAGAAUAUAGCCACUUGUUUUCUAUGACCCCAGCUUUCUGCUUUCCCCAGGGCGAGGACCUGCACCCCCUCUCAGAGCCUGGGUGAUCAGAUUCCCAUUGAGACGUGUGGGUGAGGCUGGCUGGGCGCAACUGGGCAGUCUCAUGCCGCCGGGAUGGGGGGCUGGCGCCCUUUGCAUGACAGCGUAUGCCCCACGGAGGCUGGGCUUGCUUUGACACCCUCUGUUCUUUGCUUCCUGCGGGGGGAAGGCCCUUUGGACGCGCUCUGGCGGCACCAGGCCUGGGCAUUCCGCAGGGGCCGCUUGCAAUACACGCUCUUCUGC